GCAUUGUGCAGCGCCUGGUGGUGGUCAUCUCCAGUAUGGAAGACAAUGAGGUUCUGGAGCGGUGGCAGUUUGACAUAGAGUGUGACAAAACCGCAAAGGAUGAGAGUGCACCCCGUGAAAAAUCUCAGAAAGCUAUUCAGGAUGAAAUUCGAUCUGUUAUCAGACAGAUAACUGCCACGGUAACUUUUCUGCCACUGUUGGAAACUGCCUGUGCCUUUGACUUGCUGAUCUACACAGAUAAAGACUUGGCAGUGCCAGAAAAGUGGGAAGAGUCAGGACCACAAUUCAUAGCCAACUCAGAAGAGGUUCGUCUUCGUUCCUUCACUACUACAAUCCACAAAGUAAACAGUAUAGUGGCUUACAAAAAGGAUUCCUUCCCCUAAGACGUGCAGGGGUUUUGUAUAUAUCCUGUCACCUUGUAUAG